UGCCGCUGCAAUGCGUUGCACUCUAGUGCUACUGUUUAUUCCCGCACUGGUCCUGAGAUCGUGUCUGUCCAGAACCAUUUCCAGCACGGAGAAGUCUCUGGAGUCAAGUGGCUUGACUAGCGAUGAAUCCAUUGUUUGGCCGACAGACCUGAUCCACUUUCCUCAAGCAUACACUCUAAUGCACAAGGUGGAGAAGCGCUUGGAGCGGAUUGGCGAUGAGGAAAGCAGGAACCGGAUUAUGAACCAUACCGUGGAUGAGUUAAGGAAGUGCAAGCUUGAUUUCCAAAUGUACGAGCUCUGUAUUAAGCGAUCUGUUCCUUUUACUAUGUCUUUUAUUUCGAACCAACAAAGGAAACAAAUACUUGUCCAGCGAAGAAAGGACCAAACAUUAUCAAGUUCAGAGUAGUUUUGUCAAAUAUCGUUGUGAGUUGUUAAGCAAAAAGUGUUGCAUUCUAAAUUAUAAAAACAAGAAAAAUA